AGGUCAAUUUUAAAGUAAGGUAAAGCGAGGAAAAGGGCCUGGCGAGUAUCUGAGUAGAGUAAGCUGCGAGUCGUGGAUAUGAAGGUAGGUGCCUUACUCUACAGCAUAGCAUAGAUAGCACUACUUACUCUAUAGGCAGGGACGAGACGACGAUGAUACUGAUGGCGAUGCCACUGCCACUGCCGCCGCCGGAGAUAUGAGCUGCUGGAUGCUGAAACGUUAACGGUCGGGCUGGAACGCAAUAUCCUGGAAACAAACCCCCGACCCCCGACCCCCCCCGACCCCGACCAACAACGACGACGUGUACCGUGUACGCAACGGCGGCGGCGGGUACAUAGAGUACGACGGGGGGGAUGGAGGGAUGGAUGGGGAUGGAGGGAUGGGAUGCGGCGGAGAAGGAGGAAAACGGCUGUUGCAGUUCUGUAUGGAUGCACAGUUUGUACCAUACAUAGGAGCUGGCUGCUGGCUGGGAAGGUGGGAGUGGGCAGAGUUCGGCGGCUGCGUUGUGAUGCGUUCGUUGAUAGGAGUGGGCUGGAGGUAUCAAUGUACUCUAUACACCUAUCUGUAUGGCCUAUCUGCACGGCUCAUCUCGAGUCGGUGAGGACUUCGUUCCCUCAUUCGUUUCGCCGUUCAUUCCAUUCGAUCGUUCAAUCGAUCAUCAGUCAGUGGGCGCGGCUAUGUAAGUAUGGGCCAGUAGUUUCCGUGUACGAGCACCAUCUAGAAUCAUCCUACUCCCGAUGGAUGUGCACGACUCGAUUGCUCUGCUCUGCUUCGAUGCGGCAGCAGCAGCAGCAAAAAAAAAAAAAAAAAACAAGGGGCACGUGUGAGUGGACAAUAUCAUCGCAACCACGAUCUAACGCCAAUCGGUUCGAAGUGGCGGUCAAAGAGAGCAGACAGGCGAGCAGAGAACGAAGAAGAGUGGAGGGAUCCAAGGGCAGAAAGUCUUGUCUAAUCGAACAGGAGGAAGACCCUUGCCCGGCUUGCUGUGCUUGCUGCUUCCUCCUACCUCCUCCUACCUCCUCUAGAGUAACUGUUCGAUCGCUGCCUUGCCCUCCUCCUCCUCCUCCUUCCUUCUCUUCCUCUUCCUCUUCUUCAUCCCCCACCCACCUCACACCACUCUCCCACUUCUUCUACUUCUUUCUCUCUUCCCUCUUCCCUCCCUCCUUCUCCGCUUCUUGUGCUGCUUCUGUGUUUCUCUCCCUCCAAAAUACACAGUACCCCCUCUGUACGUAACACCCACCCCCCUCCCCCCCAUAGUCAAACGGAACUGCACUUGCCAACCGCCCAUCUGAUCCCCUUCCAUUUCCCCCUUCACCACCCCCUCCAUUACCAGCCACAGCUUCCGUCCCGAUCUCAC